CAUAGGCAUAACAAAUCCAUCAUUAUAAUCGGUAUGCUCCCCAAUCAAAUUCACCCUUCCAGGUGCCGCCACUGCAAUGUCAGCUUCACUGUCAAAUUUAUCCCUAAACACUUUUUUCGCCUCUUUUAGCAGCGAUUCCAGUGUGGGAAUCGGUUCUGCCAUCGUUUUCGAAUCACUUGUUUACGCGCGAUUGUUGUUAAUGUAACUAUUAAAUUGUUAAUAAUAAUUUAUUAACGUAGCCUCGAGCCGACUUGGAGUACGCGCUGUGUGGUUGUCGAAUGAUAAGCUCGGAGACUUUUAUUGCAACCGCGGCCAGAGAAAAUUGAUAAUAAUUAUUCUGAUAAGAAAUGUCAGUCAGUGAUCCAUUAGUUAAGGAUCUCAAAGGUUGCGUCCAGCAAUUUAUAAAUUUAAUCAACACAAGCACCCCAAUAACAGACAACAACUUCUACUUUGUCCUGUUCACUCAAACUUUGGAAAAAAUCUUCAACAAAGGCCUUAUACGACAACAAAACACCAAGUUUUUCGAAAGAACCAUUGAUCCUUAUUCAUGGAUGAGCAGCAUCGCAUCUGAAUGUAGUUUUGCUUAUACAAAUUGCGUUGAUCAAGUAAAUGGAAGACUAGAUUUGGCUACAAAUGAAGGAAAGCUUAGAUUACUGAUUAAAUAUUGUCUGAUGAAAAAAUGCUCACAUUUCCCCGUAGAAGCCUUAGUAAAAUCGCAACAUGCUCAAGUAUUUUACGCUCCAAGUGCCAUAUUAGGAGACGAAAUACUCACCGAGAUAUUUUUAUCAGUUUUAAGACAAGUGGCAAACAUAAAUUUCAGUUUGGAUUUGAAAAAUUCUUCGUUUUUGGAUUUGAGUUGGUACAUUCCUGAUGUUGUUUGUACGGAGUUGGUGCCUUGUAAAACUUUGGGAAUAGCUGUAAGUUUUGCUGGAAACAAAGCUGUGAUAGUAAAUAUUCAACCUGCGAGUGUUGCCGCAGAACAUGGUAAUAUCAAAAUAGGAGACAUCUUAGACGAACUAAACAAUACCCAUAUAAACAAUUCAACAAGAGGACGCCUAAAAUUCAUAAUGAAAGGCAACAAACUGAAACCCAUCAAAGUACGAAUUGCUAAGGCUUAUAGUAAAGACUCUGGAGAACUCUACGGACCUAUAAAAAAUAUACUCAAAGAUUUGAAACUUGAUUUGGAUAAAAUCAAGAAACAGUAUGAAGAAAAUGCCAAUGAAAUUUGCCAUCCGCAAAAAUCUAAAAGCGUUUAUGGUUAUGCGGUAAAGCAUGUGGGAAAUGUGGAUGUUGGUGAGUUUGGUAGCGUGAAGCAAGUGCAGAAAGCUUUGAAAACUAUCAUGGAUACUCAUUGUCAGACUCCAGAAACUGUGAAGAGGGUGGAUAAAAUGGUUACGUUGGAAAUAGGGGAGAUUGGACUGAAAAUUAAGGAGAAAGAUACAGGAAAUUUGUUACUAGAUCAUCCUUAUAUGAAGAUUUCCUCCUGUGGGACAAUACCUGUUUUAUCCAGAGUUUUUGCAUAUUGUGCUGGAGAAGAAACAUGCGAUAUAGCCAAUAAUUUCACCUGCUACGUAUUUGAAGCAAUAUCAUUCGACGAUGCCGAUCUGAUUUUACAAAGUAUCGGUCAAGGAUUCCAUAGAACACAUUAUGCUGUAUGAGAAGAAGCAGCGCAUCAAAUUUCUUGUAUAUCUACUUUUUAUUCAAUAUGUACAAUUUACCAUAAUGUAACUUGUAUUAUAAAAGAAAUAAAACAUUGAUUUUAUUUAUGUUAUUUUGUGUUUAAUGUUCAAGAAAUAAUAAUUAUCACACGUUAUUUUUUAUUAGUAAUAUGUAGCAAUGAAGAGAUGCAGCGGAGAAAAAAUUUAAUGGAUACUGGGAAAAUGAAUAUCCAUUAGAUAAUUUUAAAGUGGCAUUGGUAUCGGGUCUUCAAAAAAAAAAAACAAUCGAAGAUUGCUUUGAUUACGAAAACGUACGUCGCAUUACUGUUUCUUUAUUGGUCAGGAUUUUUGACAUGCCAUUCUGACAUUAGGUUCAUUGACAAAAUGAAAGAAAAAUUUUGCUAAGACAUACGUUCAAAAAACCAUAGCAAUCUUUGAUUGGUUUUUUUUUGAAGACCCGAUACCAAAAUUCACUAUGUCAGUGGAUAGAGGAUAAUAAACAAGAUAUCCGUAACAUCUCCAGUUAUAUGAUAAUACUAAUGUAUUAAAAUCUAUGGUUUCAAAACAUAUUUUAGACCCGCAACGGCCAUUUUGAGACAACAAAAAAAUAAUGGUAUAUAAGCAAGCACAUAAGCACAUACCUACUUAUUUAGUUUCAAUCACAUACAUAUCACGAUAAGAAUAAAAUAUUACUUAUUAUUAUAUAAAAAAAUAGAUAUAAUAUUUAUGUAUGUAUUAUAUAAUAAUAUACAAAUAUAAUCAUAUUUACAAAAGAGUUAUUAUUAACAUAUUAUGUGUGUACCUAUCUAUAAUGAAUGCGAAAAAAAUAAUACAGUCUCGAGAAUAUUUACAUGUUAGCACGCGGUACUAUUUAUUUAUUGAUCAAGCAAUCCUGCGAAUUGGCGUCGCUAUUCGUGUGACACCCAUCAGCUGAAGAACUGCACGGACUCUGACAAGUACUGUUGUUGCAACUGGUAUCGCUACAAGAACUGUUGUUUUUCAAUUCGCAAAUGUCGAUAAAUUCUUCUGCCA